AUGUCCACAGCUCACAGACCGACAUGGGAUCCUGCGCAGGCCAAAGAUGUCAAAGGAGGCUCGCGGCAGUUCUCCGUGCGGGACAUGGCCUCUCACACGAAGCUGAAGUUUCGGCAAGCAGGUCAGACCUCUGUGGAUGAGGUCAAGAAGCGUGACUUGAGGGCUGAACUCCUGGCUGCUGAGCAGGAGGCCCGGAAUAAGAAGCGCAAAGCCGAGGGUAAGCCACCGCUGCCCGUAGAGAACGGGUCGAGCACGGCAGAGGUUGACGAGGAGGCAAACAAGCGGAGGAAGCUAUUGCAAGACGCCCUCGAGAUGGACAAGGACGACGACGAUGACGAGGAAGAGGAGGACAAGGGAAGCAAGCCGAAAGACGACGAAGCUGAUGGCAGGCGAGACGAUUCAGACGACGACGACGACGAUGACACUGCCGAGCUGAUGCGAGAGCUAGAGAAGAUAAAACGAGAGAGAGCUGCGGAAGCAGAGAGGAAAGAACGAGAACAGCUAGCUUCAGACUCGGCCGCACGGGAUGCCGAAAUCGCGACCGCAAACCCACUGCUGAAUUUAGCUGCAGCUUUGGGCCAGACUCCUGGAAUAAGUACAACCGUUCCGGGCACAUUCGCUGUGAAAAGGCGGUGGGAUGACGAUUUGAUAUUCAAAAACCAAGCGAUGUCUGGACGAGACAAACAAGGUCAAUUCGUGAACGACCUUCUACGAACAGAAUUCCACAAGAAGUUCAUGGCCAAGUUUAUCAAGGUAUUUUUGACGCUCCGAGCGUUCAAGAACUUUCUGAGACUAACGGGAGAUCUAUUAUAG